UGUAAAUGAAACGUCAUGACGUCUUUGGUGUACGUAGCCCUCCUCCUCUUCCUUGUUUUGUAAACGACCAGGCCACGGAUUUAAAAGCCCUCGUAGACUGUCGAUCUCCACUGUCAGCAUUAAACCAGUUACAGUUGCUGUCUGAGAUAAAACUAAAGAGACAUGACAGCCAAACGUGGCCUCAUCACAGAUACAUUCAAGGUAGUGAAGAAAGUGAAGAGAGGUGACAGAAGGGAUAAGAAACCUCCAUCACCCCCAGCUGCAGAUGCAGAACUUCCUCACCUGAGUGAGAGAGAGACUGAUCUGCAGGAGCUGAAGAAGUUUGACUUGGACUGGCGGUUCGGUCCAUGUACAGGGAUCAGCCGCUUGCAGCGGUGGGAUAGGGCAGCUCUGCAUGGCCUGAACCCCCCACAGGAGAUUAAAGACAUACUGCUGAAGGAGACUACAGACCCUGACUACACACACAGUCUCUGGCGUGAGUACCCCUUGUGAAGAAACGUGAGUGAAGAAAAUGAGACAGCUAAAGAAAUGAGACAGCAGGGAGAGGGAAUGAUUAUCAUGGUUAUUCUGAUUGUUCAUGUUUGAAUGUUCCUGGGCUUUUUUGUUUUGUUUUGUUUUUUUGUUUGUGCUUGCUAAUUUUUACACUACAUUUUUAUAAAGCAUUUUAUUAAGCA